AUGUUGCCUACACCUCCACCGUCUCCAUUGUUAUCAGGACUGUGCGCGCCAGAAGAUCGACUUGGCCUUGUCUUAGCCGACUGGCUGGAGCUAACAGGUAUUCUGGGAGUGGGAGCAUAUGGCGUCGUCUAUACUGCCGUUGACGUUCACACGAAUGUUCCUUAUGCGGUCAAGGCCUUGAACAAGAUUGGUCUGGAUCCACGGCAGCGGAGUUUCCAGCAACGGGAGAUCCAAUUACAUCAUGCGGCCAGCCAUCAUCCAAAUGUGGUCUCCCUCGUCAAGAUAAUGGAUUCCUACGACUGCACCUUUGUAGUCCUUGAAUUCUGCCCCGAAGGUGAUCUGUUCUCCAGCAUCACGGAAAAGGGCCAUUACCUCGGCAAUGAUUUCAUGGCCAAGAGUGCAUUUCUCCAGAUAUUGAACGCUGUUGAGUUUUGUCAUUCCAUUGGCAUCUAUCACAGGGAUCUCAAACCGGAGAACAUCCUGGUCUCCAACGGUACUGUCAAACUUGCGGAUUUUGGCCUUGCGACUCAGCAACCUUGCACGGACGACUUCGGUUGCGGUUCUACUUUCUACAUGUCACCAGAAUGUCAAGCAACACCUGCAGGCCCUGAACCUUACCUGUGGCCGCAAUCCGUGGAAACGGGCGGCCAUGGACGAUUCGACUUUCAGGGCUUACCGGAAUAA